GUGUCAAGUAUCCAGUCACCUGGGUUUCUUAACCAACAGGCAAUCAAUCAAACACACAUAUCAUUCAUCAACUCACUCACUUCCCCUAAAUCCCCAAUUCCGAUGAUCCGAUUUCGAACUUUCCAUCAACCCCUUUACUUCCUGACCCCAAAUUAACCAUACCCACAUCUCCAAUUCCAAAAAUUCUGCUUCAAAUAACCAUGAAUCAUGAACCGAUCAUCACACCACAACAACCACCCCCUCAAUCCUCCCUUGCACCCGGGUUUCGUUUCCACCCGACUGAUGAAGAGCUUGUAAGGUAUUAUCUGAGGCGCAAAGUGUGUGGGAAGCCCUUUCGAUUUCAAUCGGUUUCGGAAAUUGAUGUUUAUAAAUCGGAGCCGUGGGAACUUGCCGACUAUUCUCAAUUGAAUUCAAGAGACCAAGAAUGGUACUUCUUCAGUCCCGUAGAUAAGAAGUACGGCAACGGUUCUCGGUUGAACCGUGCCACUGGUCGAGGCUAUUGGAAAGCCACCGGGAAGGACCGAUCCGUACACCAUAAAGGCCAACCAAUAGGGUCGAAAAAGACGUUGGUUUUCCAUGUUGGUCGCGCCCCAGAUGGAAAGCGCACCAAUUGGGUCAUGCAUGAAUAUCGACUUUCUGAUCAGGAAUUGGAGGGAGCCCAAGUAGCACAGGACGCGUUUGUGUUAUGCAGAAUCUUUGAAAAGAGGGGUUUAGGACCGCCGACGAAAGACCGUUACGCACCGUUUCUCGAGGAAGAAUGGGAAGAUGACAAGACCCUCUUUGUUCCAGGUGGAGAACCGGAUGAGGAUACGACUAACGCGGAUGGAACUCAAAACGACAUUGUACAGAUGGGUACUCAAACAAUCGAUUUUGUGGGCAAAAGGGUAAGAUCAGAAGAUGAAAACGGUUUAAAAUCUGAACCCGAGGUCGAACCUCUCUCUUUGCUUAACAAAAGGUUAAAACAAGCUGACCCGAGCUCCUCCAAUGCAAACGGUUCGGACGACGAACCCGAUGUCGAGACUCUCUCUUUGGUUAACAAAAGGUUCAAACAAGUUGACCCGAGCUCCUCCAAUGCAAACGGUUCAGACGACGAACCCGAUGUCGAGACUCUCUCUUUGGUUAACAAAAGGUUCAAACAAGUUGACCCGAGCUCCUCCAAUGCAAACGGUUCAGACGACGAACCCGAUGUCAAGACUCUUUCUUUGGUUAACAAAAGGUUCAAACAAGUUGACCCGAGCUCCUCCAAUGCAAACGGUUCAGACGAUUCGACGACAACUAGUCAAGAUCCAAAAACAACCAACUUGUCAUCCGCACUUGUUGAUUUCCGUUUACCGGAGGCGAUUGCAACCAAAGAAACUCAUCCGAUGACCAUUUCAUCACCGUCAUUUGACGCUUCUACCCUUGAGAAAUCCCUUCAUCCGGUGUACCUGAAGUACAUUAGCCAAUUGGAGGCCAGGAUCCGAAAUGAGUCGAUCGAGAAGGAGAACUUAAAGGUUGAAGUGAUGCGGGCCCAUGCUAUGAUCAACGUUCUCCACUCUCGCAUUGGUGAUUUGACCAAGGAGAAUAACGAGUUGAAAAGUGGCGGUUAGGUAAUUACUGGCCCAUACUUGUGUUCAUCAGUUGUGGACAACUGAUAAACACAAGGUUUUGGGGAAAGAGAUAACGUGGCUCUUUCCCAAGUAUAGUUAUGGGAGGUAAUAGUUACAAUAAAACCUUAUGUCGAGACCUUUUUUGUUAGAAAUUAUGGAAGUGUUGAAGAGCUUGAAUGGUCUAAUCUAAUCAUGUUUAGAAAAAAAAAUGUGUGCACCGUGUUUAUGUUUU